AUGGCUUCUUCCGGCGACUCCAGCCAAGAUUCUGCCGGUGACUCCAGCUCAGAUUCUUCCGGCGACUCCAGCCAAAAUGACGGCUUUACAAGUAGUAGUAGUAGUAAUUUGAUAAAUCAUCCAUCUUUGAAGAAACAAAAGUGGCGCUACGUCUGGGCUUCAGUUGAUAACCUCAAUUUCACUCGUACAAGUUACCGGAAAACAAACGAUUUCGUAUGCUUUUUUGACUAUGUGAUAGCUCAUUUUGUUUCUUCCAAAAUAAAAAGAUUAAACCUCGACUGCAGUCGCCUGUCUCGGUACAAAUCGCAUAUGAGCCAGUGGCUUAGUUUUGCUGUUGAAAAAAAAGUGGAAGAUUUUGUGUACUGGUCAAAUUCUAAUAGAAGCGGUUGCACAUUGCCUGAAUCUUUCUACACCUGUUCCUCGUUGGUAACAUUACAUUUGACAUUUUAUUGCUUUGACUCUGGAGCCGUCAUAAAGUGGAAUUCUUUAAAGAGCAUAAAGUUGGAGUAUUUGGUGUUAUCCGAAGAGGAUAUUGCAAACUUAGUGUCAGGCUGUCCUGCUUUAGAAACUAUGGAAUUUGAUUCUGUUGGAGGAUUUCUUCGAGUGGAAAUUAAUUCUUUAAAAUUGAAGAGACUGUAUUUGAAAGGUUUUACGUUUCCUAGUGAUGGACGAGAUCCAACCUUGGAAAUUGUUGCCCCGUAUCUUCAGCAUUUGGAGAUUUCAGGAGUUCAUCUCAAAUGUAGGCUUUUGUAG